AUGCGGCCUCCACCGCGACCUUCUGUCAAGGCAAUUGGACCAACUAAGCCACAAGAGACGGAGAAGGGUGUGUCUGAACCGCCAUCUGACCUCCUUACAGCACUGAAGUCAGGCAGUGCAGCAGACCCAAUACAAGCUGUGGCUACUGCGUCUACGCAAAAAAAUACGGCUCCAGCUAUUGCCUCGGUCAAACCGACAACCAGGCGCCCAUCGAAGCUACGGGCGCCGCGGAAGGCGGCCAUGCAUCUGACGCCUGCGGCAGUAGAACAAAUCAGGGCGUUGCUGGAAGGCCCAGAUCCGAAACUGCUUAAGGUCGGAGUGCGCAACCGUGGCUGCAGUGGACUGGCCUAUAACCUAGAGUAUGUGGGAAAACCAGGCGCAUUUGAUGAAUUGGUGGAGCAAGACGGGGUGCGGGUGCUUGUGGACAGCAAGGCAUUGUUCAGCAUUAUUGGUAGCGAAAUGGAUUGGGUGGAAGACAAGCUCAACCAACGGUUUGUGUUUCGGAAUCCAAAUAUAAAGGAGCAGUGCGGAUGCGGAGAGUCUUUCAUGGUGUAA